AGCCAAAGCUUAAACUCUCGAAACCUCCGCAUACCCGACAUUACUAUAAGUAGUGGUGUGAGAGGUCCGCUGGUCUCAAUUUGUUUUUAACUUUCGCUGCAAACGGACAAAUGUUUUGUUGAUUUCCAGUGUUACUACUCUUAAUCCAAUUGUUGUUAUGGUCGAUUUGAUUUGCGGCUGCUAAUAUCAAAACGCGAUUUCAGUUUUAGAAACUUCUAGUUUGCCAGAAUGAAUGCCCAUCUUACACUUAUUUUGGCUCUUGCCAUAACAACUAUUAUGGUCCCUUUUAUUGCUGGGGCUGACCAAAAAGUGGCAUCAGAUGAGACAAAUAGUGAUGGUGAAAUACGAAUUUACAAACGCCUUAUUCCGGCUGAUGUGCUCAGAGACUUUCCGGGAAUGUGCUUUGCUUCUACACGUUGCGCUACGGUUGAACCUGGGAAAUCAUGGGACUUGACUCCAUUCUGCGGUCGUUCAACUUGUGUACAAAAUGAAGACAAUAAGGCAAAACUUCUUGAACUUGUUGAGGAUUGCGGGCCGCUGCCACUGGCAAAUGACAAGUGUAAAUUGGACACAUCAAAGACCAACAAAACCGCGUCUUUUCCUUAUUGCUGUCCUAUCUUUACAUGUGAGCCGGGCAUUACGCUGGAAUACCCUGAUAUUGAAAAGGAGGAUGGCAAAAAGAGUGAUAUAUGAAUUUGGGCUUCCACUAUUAACUGAGAUAUACCUGAUAUUCCGACUAUUUAAAUAUAUGUGUGUUUGUUUGGGUCAGAUAAAUCGAAACAAUUUAAAGAGAAAGCGAUUGUCAAAUCGAUUUUAUAAGGAAAGUUCUAUUAGAAAUAAAGUUAAAGGGCAAAUAAUAGUUGUCCUACUGCAAGUGUUUAAAAUUAA